GGUGUGACGCCACUAAUCCCAACACUACAAAAUCAUAGGUCCCAUCCAUGCUUCUCCGCACAGACCCCUGUGACUCCCCGCCAGCUACUUCACAUCAGCCUCAGACAGGACGAAGCUAUUUUGAAGAGGAGACAUGGCUGUAGUUAGUGGAACUUACCGUAUGGUGUCGGAGGAGGAGCAGGAGCUCAGGGCCAAGCUGGAACGUCUGACUGUCAAGGACCACGGACCAGUUUUUGGACCCUGCUCCAACCUGCCAGACCACACCAGGCAGAAGGCCAAGGAUGAGCUGAAUGAGACUGAUGAGAAGCGGGUGUCUGCAGUGAAGGAGCUGCGGGCAAUAAUUAAGGAAAAGGCAGAAGGAGGUGAUGAGCUGGCCAAGGGGGUGAAGGACACCUUUGGGGAGAAGCCAGACAAUAUUCUGACCCGCUUUAUUCGCGCCAGGAAGUACGAUGUGGCCAGGGCCUUCGACCUUAUGAAGGGCUAUGUGCGUUUCAGGAAGGAAUACCCCGAGCUGUUUGAGAACCUGACCCCUGAGGCAGUACGCAGCACCAUUGAGGCCGGUUACCCCGGCAUCCUGCACAGCAGAGACAAAUAUGGCCGUGUGGUUCUGCUUUUCAACAUCGAGAACUGGGACUAUGAGGAGAUCACCUUUGAUGAGAUCCUGCGUGCCUACUGUGUGAUCCUUGAGAAGCUGCUAGAGAGCGAGGAAACUCAAAUCAAUGGAUUCUGUAUCAUUGAAAACUUCAAGGGCUUCACCAUGCAGCAGGCAUCAGGAAUCAAACCCACUGAGCUCAAAAAGAUGGUUGACAUGUUGCAGGACUCAUUCCCUGCCCGUUUCAAAGCUGUGCACUUCAUCCACCAGCCCUGGUACUUCACCACCACCUACAACGUGGUCAAACCUUUCAUGAAGAGCAAGCUGCUGGAGAGAGUGUUCGUGCACGGAGACGAGUUGGAAAAUUACUACAAGGAGUUUGAUGCUGAAAUCCUCCCUGCUGAGUUCGACGGAAAAGGUCCCAAAUACGACGGCAAGGCCACAGCAGCCAAGCUGCUUGACUAGACAUCCUCCACCCCUUUGCCAACAAGGCUGAGAGCCUUUACGUAUUACAAACCCUAUAGACUGUGAAGAAUCAAAGCCCAAUCUAGCUAUAUUGUUGUAGGAACUAAAGUCAUGACUGUGUGCAGUUAUAACAAUGUUGUACUGCAGAGGUCCCAAUAAAACAUAGAGACAGGAAUAAGACAAGACAGUCAGGUGACAGCUUAUAGUUAUGAGUUUUGUAAUUGAUGACCAUUAAAACAGUGGAAGACUUGCAUGGUUUAAAUAACUACAGAGUGCAUAUACUUCAUGUAUUUGCUUGUUUUUUUAAAGCAUGUGCUUCACUUUACAUAAGUAUAAUAUGAAAAUUGGUCUUUGACUCACCACAGUGUACGUCUUUAUUUUUUGUUAAUUUGGUAUUUUUGCACAAUAAACUGUCUCAGGCCAAACUGUCUUGCUUAGGCCAGGGGCCUUUUUGAUGCUUCAUUGUUGGUGCAUUCAGAGAAGCUCUGAAAUUAAAUGAGAUUGUAGAUUAACUGGCAUUAUUCUGGUGUUAGUGUCCGCCCCCUUUUUUUUUUUUAUUACUGGAACUGUGACAAAAAUAUACUGGUAUGUAAAUGUACUCAGUGGUGGAUUAGCUGUCGCAGUUUUCAUCCUAUACUCAUAUACAAGGAAAUGACCGGCUGCCCUGGAGGCAGUUAUUUAUCCAAAAAUGCACGGUUUGGUAAACAACAAAUGCUGGAGUAAAGUCCACAAAGUUGUCUGAUCACAGAGAGAGUCAAGUCUUUGUUCCAUUAAGAAAAACAAAACAAAACAAAACAAAAAAAAAACCCCAGUCAAUACUAACCAGCUUUGAAUACCAACUGUUCUGUCACACUGCGCUUUCUCUGGACUGAAGUUCACCCACACAGAUUGUUUCAUUACUGGCAGGCCCCAGCUUUCUCAGGACCCAACCUCUGGCCCCCCAUCUCU